UCGGAGCCGCGGAGCUGAGCCGUCGCCCCGCGCCCCGAGCGGCUCUCCGCGGCGCCUGCCCCGAGCCCCCGGGCCGCUCGGACCGCGCCCCCGCCCGGGGCCCUGCGCACGCCCGGGGCCCAGGCCGCGGGCCGCAGCGCCGGGGCCGGCGAUGAGCGCGAGGAGCCGGCAUGAGCGCAGACAGCAGCCCCCUGGUGGGCAGCACGCCCGCCGGCUAUGGGACCCUGACGAUGGAGACGUCGAUCGAUCCCCUCAGCUCCUCAGUUUCAUCCGUGAGGCUCAGCGGCUACUGCGGCACCCCCUGGAGGGUCAUCGGCUACCACCUCGUGGUCUGGAUGAUGGCGGGGGUCCCUCUGCUGCUCUUCCGGUGGAAGCCCUGGUGGGGCGUGCGGCUGCGGCUGCGGCCCUGCCACCUGGCCCGCGCCGAAACGCUCGUCAUCGAAAUAAAAGACAAAGAGGAUAGCUCGUGGCAGCUCUUCACCGUCCAGGUGCAGACGGCGGCCAUCGGCGAAGGCAGCCUGGAGCUGCCCCCACCGGCCCCGGGGGAGGAUGGCCGGAGCCAGGCGGCCGUGGGGGCGGUGCCGGAGGGCGAGUGGGAGGACUCAGCCCGGCUGCACACGAGGGAGGAGGCGAAGCGGCUGCUGCGUUACUACCUCUUCCAGGGCCAGCGCUACGUGUGGCUCGAGUCCCGGCAGGCCUUCCUCCAAGUCAGCCUGCUGGACCAGGGUCGCACCUGUGAUGACAUCCGCCGCUGCCACUUGGGCCUCAGCCCCCAGGACCGAGCCGUGAGGAAGACCAUCUACGGCCCCAACGUCAUCGGCGUGCCCGUUAAGUCAUACCCGCGGCUGCUGGCGGAUGAGGCGCUGAACCCCUACUACGGGUUCCAGGCCUUCAGCAUUGCGCUGUGGCUGGCGGACCGCUACUACUGGUACGCGCUGUGCAUCUUCCUCAUCUCCACCGUCUCCAUCUGCCUGUCCGCGUACAAGACCAGAAAGCAAAGCCAGACUCUGCGGGACAUGGUCAAGCUGUCCAUGCAGGUGCGCGUGUGCCGGCCCGGAGGAGAGGAGGAGUGGGUCGACUCCAGCGAGCUGGUGCCGGGAGACUGCCUGGUCCUGCCCCAGGAGGGCGGGCUCGUGCCCUGCGACGCCGCCCUGGUGGCCGGCGAGUGCGUGGUCAACGAGAGCUCUCUGACCGGGGAGAGCGUCCCUGUGCUGAAGACGGCACUGCCGGAGGGGCCGGGCCCCUACUGCCCGGAGACGCACCGGCGGCACACGCUCUUCUGCGGGACCCUCGUCCUGCAGGCCCGGGCCUACGUGGGACCGCAUGUCCUGGCGGUGGUGACCCGGACAGGGUUCUGCACGGCCAAAGGGGGCCUGGUGAGCUCCAUCCUGCACCCGCGGCCCAUCAGCUUCAAGUUCUACAAGCACAGCAUGAAGUUCGUGGCUGCCCUCUCUGUCCUGGCUCUGCUGGGCACCGUCUACAGCAUCUUCAUCCUCUACCGCAACCGGGUGGCCGUGGACGAGAUUGUCCUCCGGGCCCUGGACCUGGUGACGGUGGUGGUGCCGCCCGCGCUGCCGGCCGCCAUGACCGUGUGCACGCUCUACGCGCAGAGCCGCCUGCGCCGCCAGGCCAUCUUCUGCAUCCACCCGGCGCGCAUCAACCUGGCCGGCAAGCUGCGGCUGGUGUGCUUCGACAAGACGGGCACCCUCACCGAGGACGGCUUGGACGUGAUGGGAGUGGUGCCCCUGAAGGGCCAGGCGUUCCUGCCGCUGCUCCCAGAGCCCCGCCGCCUGCCCGCAGGGCCCCUGCUCCACGCCCUGGCCACCUGCCACGCCCUCAGCCGGCUCCAGGACACCCUGGUGGGCGACCCCAUGGACCUCAAGAUGGUGGAAUCCACUGGCUGGGUCCUGGAGGAGGCACCCGCUGCCGACUCGGUGCUCGGGGCCCCGGUCUUGGCGGUGAUGAGACCCCCGCCCCGGGAGCCCGGGCUGCAGGGAACGGAGGAGCCCCCCGCGCCCGUGAGCGUCCUCUGCCGCUUCCCCUUCUCGUCGGCGCUGCAGCGCAUGAGCGUGGUGGUGGCGCGGCCGGGGGCCGCUCAGCCCGAGGCCUACGUCAAGGGCUCCCCCGAGCUGGUGGCAGGGCUCUGCGACCCCGAGACAGUGCCCCCCGACUUCGCCCCGGUGCUGCAGAGCUACACGGCUGCCGGCUACCGCGUCGUGGCCCUGGCCAGCAGGACGCUGCCCGUGGCGCCCAGCCUGGCGGUGGCACAGCAGCUGACGAGGGACGCCGUGGAGCGGGAGCUGAGCCUGCGUGGGCUGCUGGUCAUGAGGAACGUGUUGAAGCCGGAGACCACGCCGGUCAUCCAGACUCUGCGCAGGACACACAUCCGCACCGUCAUGGUGACAGGGGACAACCUGCAGACGGCGGUCACGGUGGCCCGCGGCUGCGGCAUGGUGGACCCCCAGGAGCGUCUGGUCAUCGUCCACGCAACGCACCCCGAGCAGGGCCGGCCGGCCUCCCUGGAGUUCCUGCCGGUGGAGUCCUCCGUGGCCGUGAACGGGGCUAAGGAUCCCGAGCAGGCCACAAGCUGCGCCGUGGAGCCGGACCCCCGAUGCAGCCACCUGGCCCUCAGCGGGCCCACCUUCGCUGUCCUCGUGAAGCACUUCCCCAAGCUGCUGCCCAAGGUCCUGGUCCAGGGCACCGUCUUUGCCCGCAUGGCCCCCGAGCAGAAGACGGAGCUGGUGUGCCAGUUGCAGAAGCUCCAGUACUGCGUGGGCAUGUGUGGGGAUGGCGCCAACGACUGCGGAGCCCUGAAGGCGGCCGACGUGGGCAUCUCUCUGUCCCAGGCCGAGGCCUCGGUGGUCUCGCCCUUCACCUCGAGCAUGGCCAGUAUCGAGUGUGUGCCCGUGGUCAUCAGGGAGGGCCGCUGCUCCCUGGACACGUCGUUCAGCGUCUUCAAGUACAUGGCCCUGUACAGCCUGACCCAGUUCAUCUCGGUCCUCAUCCUCUACACGAUCAACACCAACCUGGGUGACGUGCAGUUCCUGGCCAUCGACCUGGUCAUCACCACCACGGUGGCCGUGCUCAUGAGCCGCACGGGGCCGGCGCUGGCACUGGGGCGCGCUCGGCCACCGGGGGCACUGCUGAGUGUGCCGGUGCUGAGCAGCCUGCUGGGGCAGGUGGCCCUGGUGGCCGGGGUGCAGCUCGGGGGCUACUUCCUGACCACAGCCCAGCCCUGGUUCGUGCCUCUGAACAGGACCGUGCCCGCGCCGGACAACCUCCCCAACUACGAGAACACCGUGGUCUUCUCCCUGUCCGGCUUCCAGUACCUCAUCCUGGCCGCGGCCGUGUCCAAGGGGGCGCCCUUCCGCCGGCCGCUGUACACCAACGUGCCCUUCCUGGUGGCCCUGGCGCUCCUGGGCUCCAUCCUGGCGGGCCUCAUCCUGGCCCCCGGCCUGCUGCAGGGGCCGCUGGCGCUGAAGAACAUAGCUGACACCUGCUUCAAGCUGCUGCUGCUGGCCCUGGUGGCCUUCAACCUCGUGGGGGCCUUCCUGCUGGAGAACGUGCUGGACCAGUGCCUGCCGGCCUGCCUGCGGCGGCUCCGGCCCAAACGGACCUCCAAGAAGCGCUUCAAGCAGCUGGAGCAGGAGCUCGCCCAGCAGCCCUGGCCGCCGCUGCCCGCCGGCCCCGGGAGGUAGCGCUGGCCUCGGCGGGCGCGGGGCCGCCAGAGCUCCCCGCCUCUGAACCGGCCCCACCCCUAGAGACGCCUCCACCCCCGUGGCUCCCCGCGCCCCUGGGGCGGCCGUGGGCACACUCCUGGCCGGGCCCCGCCCUGGGGCGGUGGUGGCUACUGUCCCCCACCUUCAGGGCAUCCCAGGGAGGGACGGCCCUACCAGCGCUGCUGGCAGUGUAGCAAAUAAAGUGAUAUUUUCCUGG